AUGCUCAAGUUCAACGCCACCUGCGAUUGCGUCAACCACGGCGGUCUGCCGGGUUCGACAACCCCUACCCCCAGCACUCCGACCGGCAGCCCAACCGGCACUCCAACCGGCACUCCGAUAUCCACGCCGAACGUCACCCCCAGCUCGCCCGCAGCCAUCCCUUCUCCUUCCCUGACGGGUGGCUGUUCCUGCAGGGCCAAGGCCGGCGCUAUUCCGGUCUGUGACAAGGCUUGCACUGUUUCCGCCGGGGCCACUGUCGGCUGCGGUCCCGAGGACUACCAGUGCCAGUGCUCAAAGCUCGACGACGUCAAGGCCGCCGCUUUUAAGUGCUUAGAUACUACCUGCGGUGCCAAUGUCUUUGGUGUGAUUAACGGCUUGGGCUCUCUCUGCUCCUGCGUCGCGGCUCAGCCUGCCGGUUUCUGUGGAGGCGGCCCUCCGCCCGUGAGCAGCAACACGCCUCCUUCAGUUAGCAACAGCACGCCUUCCCCUCCCGUUAGUCCUAGCACGCCUCCAUCCAUUAGUCCUAGCACAUCUCCUUCCGUCAGUAUCAGCACACCUUCUCCCCCGGUGAGCACCGACACACCUCAGGCCAGCACCCAGUCUCCCUCGCCUGGGAGCACCGAGUCGCCUCCCCCUUCGGUGAGCUCCAGCACGUCUACUCCGCUCGUUAGCACCAGUACACCUCCAGUCAGUACCAGGUCCCAGUCUAGUAACUCGAUGCCCUCUUCGGCUAGCAGCAGCUCUCCGCCCCCUAGCCGGAGCAGCAACCCGGCACCUCCUCCCAGCAGCCUUACUGUGAGCAGCUCUACUACUGUUAGCUCUUUAGCUCCAGUGCCGUCUGCUCCUACCAGCCCUCCUUCUAGUUCUGGUUCGAUUUCAAACACCGCGCCCAGCACCAGCUCCAACACCAAGUACCAGGGCGAGAACAACAACAACAACCCUAAUGGUGCAACGGAACCUGUCCAGACUCCGCUUGCUGCUUCAAAGCCGUCCGAUAGCAGCAAUACCGGCAACACCAGCAGCACUAGCAGCACCAGCAAGACACAGACAGCUAGCAGCCUUCGCAACUCGCCCAAGCCGAGCAGCACCAACUCGACCAGCGUUCCGGGUCAGACCGUCAAGCCUGCUGGCUCUGUCCACGCUUCUGGCGCCCGCUUCGAGAUUGGCUCCAUCCUCGGUGUUGUUGGAGCCGGUUGGCUCGUCGCUGCGAUUCUAUAA